AUGUUUAGAAACAUCAUCUCAUUAGUACAACAAAAAAUCGUUAGAAAUGGUCCAUCUACUCAAGUGAGACAUCUAGCGGAACAAACUACCAAAAAAUUGGUUAAAGGAACUAUCUUAAGGGACUCUAAAGGUAGAAUCUCCAAACCGAUUGUUUGGAUUGAUUGUGAGAUGACCGGUUUAGAUCAUAAAAAUGAUCAUAUUAUUGAAAUAUGUUGUGUCAUUACAGAUGGUAAUUUGAAUAUUGUCGAUAAAGAAAAUAACAAUUGUUAUGAAAGUGUUAUUCAUUGCGAUAAAUCUAUUAUGGACAAGAUGGAUGAAUGGUGUGUUGAACAUCACGGUUCUAGUGGAUUAACUGAAAAAGUCCUAAAGAGUACUAAGACUAAAGAACAAGUUGAAGAAGAAUUAUUAAAAUAUAUUAAGAAAUAUAUCCCAGAUGGAAACGUAGGGAUUUUGGCAGGUAAUUCAAUUCAUAUGGAUAGACUUUUCAUGUUGAAAGAAUUCCCAAAGGUCAUCAAUCAUUUAUUCUAUAGAUUAAUUGACGUUAGUACUAUAAUGGAGGUCGGUAGAAGAUUCAACCCAGAUAUCGUCUAUGUUUUCCCAAAGAAAGAAACUGCACAUACAGCAAAGAAGGAUAUAUUAGAGAGUAUUGCUCAAUUAGAAUGGUACAAUGAGCAUUACUUGAAGUCUCCAGAAGAGACAAAAGAAUUUGUUGAUAUGAGAAAAGCAGAGAUAAAGGAACAAGAAAAUCAAGAUAUUUUUAAUGCCAUUGAAAAGAAACGUCCUAUUGAGGAAUCUGAUAAAGAAUCUGACCCAAAAAAGAGAAAAAUAGAUCCUGAAAAUUAA